CUCUCUUCUUCCUCUUCUGCGUCCAUACAGAAAUUGCAACAACCAAUACAGAGAAAAAGGUUUCAAUCUCUCAUCUUUCAGUAACUAUCCCUUCUUGAAUGGGGUAUGUAAACAUGGAGAAGAAAUGGGUAUUCUCAUUUGUGAUCACAUCUCUUGUCUGCGUUUUUCUCCUAGAUACUUACUUCAACAUGGGUCUAAUGUAUUCUCUCCGACCACCAAUCAAUAGAACUUUCUCCUGUUUUGCCACAAAUGAUUCAAAAGCUGCAGAGCAACAACCUAGUGAAGACGACAAGCUCCCACGUUUCGCUUACCUUGUUGGAGGGUCUAAAGGAGAUCUUGAAAGCCUUUGGAGAACCCUUAGAGCAGUGUACCAUCCAAGGAACCAAUACAUUGUUCACAUGGAUCUUGAAUCACCGGUUGAUGAGAGAUUAGAGCUGGCUUCUCGCAUUGAUAAAGAUUCUAUAUAUUCUAAGAUAGGGAAUGUCUAUAUGAUAACUAAAGCUAAUCUUGUGACUUAUAAUGGACCAACUAUGGUGUCAACAACCCUUCACGCUUGUGCGAUUCUUCUUAGGAGAAACCCUAAUUGGGAUUGGUUUAUCAAUCUCAGCCCUUCGGAUUAUCCCCUUGUGACCCAAGAUGAUCUGAUUUAUACGUUUUCAACUGUGGACCGGAACCUCAACUUUAUCGAGCAGACAACUGACUUAGGCUGGAAAUACAAGUGGCGGGCAAUGCCAUUAAUAAUUGAUCCUGGACUCUACAUGCUAAACAAAUCUGACAUUUUUGGGGUCACGCCUGGUCGAAGUUUACCAUCUGCGUUCAAGUUAUUUACCGGAUCAGCUUGGUUUGUUUUAUCACGCCCAUUCGUGGAGUAUAUCAUUUGGGGCUGGGAUAAUUUACCAAGAACUUUGCUCAUGUAUUACACCAAUUUCGUUACUACUACUGAAGGUUACUUCCAAACAGUCAUAUGUAACGUGCCUGAGUUCUCCAAAACCGCCGUGAACCAUGAUCUUCACUACAUCUUGUGGGACAGACCACCGAAGCAGCAUCCUCGCUCGUUGUCCUUAAGAGACAUGAGACAGAUGGUUGCAAGCGGUGCUGCCUUUGGUCGGAAAUUCAGAAGAAAUGACUUGGUAUUGGAUAAGAUCGAUGAGGAGCUGCUUAACCGAACAAACGAAGGUGGUUUCACUCCCGGUGGGUGGUGCAGUGGGAAACCAGAGUGCUCGGUUGUCGAAGACGUGGCUAAGAUCACACCUGGCCCAGGGGCUGUGAGGCUCAAGGGGCUUGUAGAUAGGUUGGUUGAAGAAGCUAAAUCAGGAAAGAAUCAGUGUGAAUAGAAUCAAUUUCUUUUGGAUGGAGAAAUCAUUGCUUGGAGAGAGUCUUGCAGCUUCAGGCUAUAUAUAUAAUACAACAUAGAUUGAUUGUAAGCUUUCAAAUAGGUUAAAGAUUACUUGUAUGUCAAGCAAACUAGUGAUUUAUUAGGGCUUACAAUAAGUACAUUAUACAAAUACAAAGAUUAUAUAUUCUUCUAUAGUAGCAACAAUGUUUACACUCUUCCUACUCUCCCC